CACAUUUUUAGCACAACAAGGAAGAAAGAAUUCGACAAAGUGUUGCAGAGCAGUAACAAGAAGACGAGGGCGGCAUUGUGACAAUCUCACGUAACCAAAUCCACAGUCUCUUUCAAACACUACAUAUGCUUCGUCCACAAAAAAAUUCUAGACCAACUGGCACACAGUCAUGUAGCUCCAUUACCUACUUCUUUAUAUAUUAGUUUCCAUGUCAAGCCCGCCAAUCAAACUCAGUCGUAUAAAAACUCUCUGCAACUUUCUCUUCCUCUACCUGUGUGUUUGAGAAUCCAUUUCUGCUCAAAUGGAUCGGAUCAGUCUUGUUCUAGUUUGGUCACUUUGCCUUUCUCUGUGUAUGUUUUCUACUCCUUCAUCAGCACAAUUGAAAACGAACUUCUACGCCAAUAUCUGCCCCAAUGUCGAAUCCAUCGUCAAAAAUGCUGUCACUAAGAAGUUCCAACAAACUUUUGUGACGGUUCCCGCCACAAUCCGUCUCUUCUUCCACGAUUGCUUUGUCCAGGGUUGUGAUGCUUCCGUUAUAAUUGCUUCAACAGGAAGCAACACAGCAGAGAAAGACCACCCUGAUAAUCUGUCAUUGGCCGGAGAUGGGUUCGAUACUGUGAUCAAAGCAAAAGCAGCCGUUGAUGCAGUUGCACAGUGCAAAAACAAAGUCUCUUGUGCUGAUAUACUUGCUUUAGCCACCAGAGACGCCAUUGUUCUGUCUGGGGGGCCUUCAUAUCAAGUUGAAUUGGGAAGAUUAGAUGGACUGAGCUCAACGUCUUCAAGCGUAAAUGGGAAGCUGCCCCAGCCAACCUUUAAUGUGAACCAGCUCAAUUCCAUGUUCAGUGCAAAUGGGUUAACUCAGGCAGACAUGGUUGCUCUUUCAGCGGCACACACUGUUGGAUUCUCUCACUGCAGCAAGUUUGCUAGCCGGAUCGGAAACCCCGUGGACCCAACGAUGAACAAAACCUACGCUGCAGAUUUGCAACAGCAGUGUCCGAAGAACGUCGACCCUAGAAUAGCCGUCAACAUGGACCCAAACACGCCCAGAACAUUUGAUAAUAUGUACUACAAGAACCUUCAGCAAGGCAAAGGCUUGUUCACCUCCGAUCAGGUCCUUUUCACCGACACUAGGACCCGGCCGACAGUCAAUACUUGGGCCUCAAAUAAUGCAGCUUUCCAACAAGCCUUUAUUACUGCCAUGACAAAGUUAGGCCGGGUUGGAGUCAAGACCGGCAACAAUGGUAAUAUCCGACGUGAUUGUUCUGUUUUUAACUGACAGAAAGGUGGAAGAGAGUGUUCACCCGGAAAAUGAAGUGAAAAAUAGGAGAUUUAACUCAUACAAUGAGGUUUUGUAAUCUCAAUAAUCCAAAUUAUGGAGGUGGGGAAGUGUAUAUUGAAUAAUUAAGAGUUCAAAGUGAUAAAAUCUUGAGUGGCCACACUUUGAAAGCAAAAUUGGAUUUGAGUUUGAAUAUGCCUAAUGUAUGAUAUAUUACACUA